ACAGGUGUGUGAUGGACCUGCGGCACGCAAUCUGCUGCGCGGCGGUGUUUGCCUUACUCUCAGGUGUUGACGGAGGCUGCAGCAGAAAUCAGUGGCAGUGUGAUGAUGGAGCAUGUGUGUCGCGCAGAUGGCGCUGUGACGGUGUCAGUGACUGCCAGGAUGGAUCUGAUGAGAUGGACUGCACAUGUCAGCCUGGAGAUGUGGAGUGUGCGGAUGGCUCCGGGUGUGUGAUUGGGUCGGGUGUUUGUGACGGCCGGCCCCAGUGUCCCGACGCUUCAGAUGAGUGGGACUGCAGCUGGCGUUUAGGGUGUCUGUCAGGUGACUGGAAGUGCAAGAACAGCGUUUGCAUCCCACAAGAGCUUCUCUGCAACGACGUCAACGACUGCGGUGACAACUCUGAUGAAGAAACCUGUGGUUCCUGUGGGAAGAUGAACAUCCGCUGUCCUGAUGGCACAUGUCUAACCCCGAGACAGAGGUGUGAUGGAGUUGCUCAGUGCUCAGAUAAGAGAGAUGAGCCUCUUACAUGUGGUAAAAGUUGUCAUAAUGGGAAUGGUGGCUGUAGUCAUACUUGCUUUGACCAGCUUUGGGGGGCUUUGUGCACUUGUCCCACUGGAAUGACCCUUUCUGCAAAUGGACUUGAUUGUGAAGAUGUCAAUGAGUGUGCCCAGUCUUUCGGACCUUGCAUGCACUUGUGCACAAAUACACCCGGGUCUUUUCGGUGUCUGUGCCAGAAUGGUUUCAAACCUCUUGGCAACGGUUCUUGUGAAGCUCAAGGAGCCGUGACAAAGAUAUUGACCACCAGGAAGGGGCUGAUUGGGUUAGUGAAUGUGAAGACCAGAGUCUAUGAGCCGCUCCUUGCAAGUGAGAGCGACCCUAUAGCCAUGACCUACAAUAUCCAAAGAAGCUUAAUCUACUGGGCUGAUAAAGAUGGGAAUAUCUACCAGGCUUUGAACCGGAAGAGCACGAUUCUUUAUUCAGGGCAGUCUGGUUUGCACAGUCUAGCCAUCGACUGGCUUACUGGACAACUGUACUGGACGAGUGUUACCCAGAAAGCCAUCUACACCGGUGCAGCUGAUGGCAGUGAUGUAGGCACGGUCAUGUCCAAAGAAAUGGACCCGAGAGAUAUGGUCCUCAGCCCAACUGAGAGUUUCAUAUUUUGGAUUAAUAAAGGAACGAAUGACAAGCUAACCAUUGAGAGGGUGGAAAUGGAUGGUUUAAAUCGGACUACACUGGUUUUCAUUACUGCACAGCUACCGAGGAGUCUUACAAUGGAUGUGGCAGCACGCCGGCUGUAUUGGAUCAGUGUUUACAAAGCGUCAAUUGAGAGCAUCAGGACAGACGGCACUGGACGGCAUACCUUCUGGGAUUUCUUUCAAGGACGUCCUGCUCAGACCCUGGCCGUGUUUAAUGGCUGGUUUUAUUUGGCCGAUGAGAAAAAACUCUGGCAGGCUCCUCAAAAUAUGUCUUCUGACACACUAAAUGGCUUCAUCUUAAAAGCCUCGCUUCCUGUCUUGAGCAUCUACCAUGUGCUUCAGCAGCCCCAAGGGUUUGCACCAUGUAAAGACUCCGGCUGCCAGCUGUGUUUGCCCUCCAAGAAAAGUGCUGCUGGGUUCACCUGUCUGUGUCCUGAGGGAGCGCUGCCCAUGUCUUGGGGAUCUUGUGAAAAUUUUAAGGUUGCCUAUGCAACAGCCACGGUCAUAUACAGCUUGGAGUUUGCAGGAGAGACUCCUGUGAAAACUGAACUCUUUACUUCACAUGAAGACAUCCAGUCCUUUGACAUGUACUGGCGGAGAGGAUGCGUGGUUUGGUCUAAUGGGACGGGCCAUGUGAAGACUAACAUCCAGUCUCAGGACUUGUCUGAGUACAUUCUGACUUUAAAACCUGGUAUGUUGUUAGUAUUUCAACUAACUAAGACUAACAGAGGGGAAGUAAACGUGGUGCCAGUGAACAAAGCAAGCUCAGGUUUUGCACCGUCUCAGCCUCCAGUCUGUACAAGUCCAUCUAUUAUGUGUCCAGGAGCAUCACUGUGCAUUUCCCAGACUCAGCUGUGUGACGGGAGCAGAGAUUGUCCUGAUGGUUCUGAUGAAGGCUCAUGCAUUGACACUUGUGCAAAACGUGGUGACUUCCUGUGUAAGGAUGGAAGUAAAUGUGUGGAGAGGGAUCUGGUGUGUGACGGCCGCUCUCACUGCAUUGACGGGUCAGAUGAGAUGGGAUGUCCCACCACUGCUUCUGAAACGGUCUCAGCACCAUUCAGGUGUCGUGUGGGCUCUAAACCCUGUAAGGACGGACGUGAGUGUGUGCUGUACAGUCAUGUGUGUGAUGGAGAGAUGGACUGUAAAGAUGGAUCAGAUGAACAGGACUGUGAAUAUCGGUGUAAAGCAGAUCAGUUCCAGUGCGCUCAUGGGAGGAUGUGUAUCGACAGAAAGCAGGUGUGUGACGGCACACCUCAGUGUCAGGAUCGCUCUGAUGAACUGGACUGUUUCAGUCGCUCGCACGAAUGCAAACAUCAGUGUGAUGAUAAAACUCGCUGCAUCCCAGAGAGCUUCCUCUGUGACGGAGAGAAAGACUGUGUGGACGCCACUGAUGAAGCCAACUGCUCUGAGAUUAAAAGAGGGGAUAUAAAUUUGGUGACACUAAACAAAGGCAACAAGGAACAAGGUUUGCAACCUCCACCUCCAGUCUGUAGAAGUCCAUCCGUGAUGUGUCCAGGAACAUCAUUGUGCAUUUCCCAGAUUCGACUGUGA